AUGUCAACAAUCCCACAAAAUCUACCUAGUACAGCCAUUGAGCUCCCAACUCUAGACACUCACAACCAAGGUGAACGUCAACGCAAUGUCACCAACGCAGCAAACCAAAGCCAGGAAUCCGAUGAAGUUAUGCAGCAAUCCUUGCUAGCAGACUCUGAAGUUCCCGACGGCGGGUACGGCUGGGUUCUUAUCUUCGCCUGCGCAGUUGUGACAUGGUGGUUCGUCGGCGCAUCCUACACAUGGGGUGUGAUGCAAGCAGCUCUCGUGGAAAAAAGAGGAUAUUCUUCCUCGACACUGGCAUUCGUCGGAUCUUUGUGUCCUGCUUGUAUCUCGCUUCUGGCCGUUCCUAACGCAACGGUAAUUCGCAAGAUUGGAGCGCGGAUUACCGCUUUAUUGGGAAUUUUCUUGCUUGGAUUGGGGAGUAUCUUGUCUGGGUUCACGACACACAGUAUUGUGGGACUCUUUAUGACUUGGGGAUUUGUUGGAGGACUUGGGACCAGUCUAUGCUUUAUGGUUGUGUCUGUUACGCCGGCGCAGUAUUUCAAGACUAAGCGCGGAAUUGCCAAUGGUAUUGUUUAUGCUGGAGGUGGACUUGGUGGCACAGUUCUCAGUUUUAUUCUGAAUGCCCUACUUGAUAAUGUUGGCAUUGCCUGGACAUUUCGAAUCCUCGGCUUCAUGAUCAUUAUAACCGGGCUACCAGCUGCGUACCUGAUCAAAGAACGGGCACCGAUUCGACCGGCGAAGAUGAUUGAAUGGAGUCUAUUCCGUGAUACUCGCUUCACUAUCCUCUGGCUGACAGGUGCUAUUGGCACAUUUCCACUCUUCGUGCCAGCAUUCUUCUUGCCACUUUACACCAACUCUCUCAAUCUCCCAUCCAGUGCUGGAGCCGGUCUCGUUGCAGCCUUUAACUUCUCAUCGGCCAUCGGACGACUCACAUGUGGCUUUGCGUGUGACAAAUUCGGAUCACUGAAUACUUUAUUCAUAUCCCUCUUAAUGAGUGCACUGAGUCUGUUCGUUUUAUGGCCUAUCUCGAGCUCAAUUGGUCCGCUGAUUGCAUUCGUGGUAAUCAAUGGAGCUGCGAAUGGUGGAUUCUUCUCUACUAUGCCCACUGUCGUUGGAAAUGUUUUUGGAUCGGCAAGGGUAUCUGUUGCGGUUGGAAUGAUUGUGAGUGGAUGGCUUGGAGGAUAUCUUCUGGGUGCACCUAUUGCUGGUUAUAUCCUGAAUGCCUCUGGAGGUGAAUCGAGCGGAGUGGGCGCAUACAGACCCGCAAUCUUCUAUGCAGGCUCUAUGGCAACGGCAGCUACUAUUUUGGCUGGUAUUCUGAGAAUCAAGGUCGAUCGCUCACUCAAAAAGACAGUCUGA